UUACAACAACAAUACAUUACAAUUCUUAUUUUUUUAAUAUUUUAAAAUAUAUACAUAUCGAAUGAUUGUGUUAUUAGUUAUACGUGUCUGAUAUAAUUAUAUAAAAGUAGUGAAAUGUUCAAAUUUCGUUAUGUCAAUAAUCUACGUAAAACAAUCCAAAUUUGUGAAUUUAUUGUAAGAAAGAUACAUAACGUUGGCCUUAGUGAUAUACCUAAAAUAAGUGUUAUUGAUAUUAAAAAAAUAUUGCGACAAAAAGGCUUUGCAGUUCAAGACGGAUUCACAUCAAUUACAAUAAAGUGUAACUUAUGUAGUGAAGAAAAUAAAUCAAACAGUAAAGUUUAUAUAAAUAAAACUACAGGUUAUUUUUUAUGCCCUAAAUGCAAUACUCAUGGAGACUGGAAUAUCCUGGAAAGAAUUAUUAAGAAAUCUAAAAUUGAAGCAUCAGUAAAGGACUACAUAGAAACAUUGCGUCAAGAGUCACAGCAAUUUCAAGAAGAAUGGCAAAAUCUUACAAAACAGACUAUAGCUAUGACAAGUUUAAAUGAAUCAGAACUUUUAAAUUUAUUCCGGCUUUUCGAGCUACCUUACCAUUCGGAAGUUAGCAGGGUGUUAUCUGAUGUGCAUGUAUCACAUGACCAUUCAACAUUGUUUUUCCCACUAAAAAACUCUCUUGACAAUGUUGUCGGGUAUAGAAAAAUUCAGGCAGGCAAUGAGGAAGCGAUGGAAAUAUUCGGACAUCAUUCGGCUGGAUUGUAUUGGUGCAAGGCCCCAAAAGUUGCAAAGACUGAUCAAGCAAUUUUAGUUCCUAGCCUACAUGAUGUACUUCAUUUAACUGCUAGUAAAGUUCCAGGUAAUAUUGUAUGGUUGAGUAAUUGCAGUCUACCACCUGUUGUGCUUCCUGUGCUUGAGGGUUAUCAGAAACUAUGCCUUUGGGGAGACUGGGACAAUAUGAGAUCUGUUGCAGAGAAACUUGGUGAGGACAGAUGUCGCUUUGUGAGACCCACAGAUGGUUUAGUGACAGCGACUGAAGCGGCCGAAGCACGCGUUUCAUUGAAGUCAUUAGUACAAGAAGCAAAACCUGCUUCCCAUCGCUCUAUAACAACAUUCGCUGCACUAAGAGAUGACGUGUACGCUGAACUGACAAAUCUUGAUAAGGUGCGUGGUGUGAAGUGGCAGAGGUUUCCAGCGCUGACACGUUUGUUGGGAGGGCACAGACGGGGCGAGCUGACGGUCCUCACGGGACCCACUGGCUGUGGUAAAACCACACUCUGUGCGGAGAUGUCUUUGGACCUCGCACAACAAGGGGUGAAGACCUUAUGGGGAAGCUUCGAGAUCAGAAACUCCCGCUUGGCCCGCACGAUGCUGCAACAAUUUGCAAGUGUUCCACUAGAACAAAAUCUGGAGAAAUUUCACUUUUAUGCCGACGAUUUCCAGAAGCUUCCAAUCUACUAUCUAGCGUUUCACGGGCAACAGCCCAUAAAAGUUGUCAUGGAGGCGGUCGAGCAUGCGCGCUACAUGCACGACAUAGCCCAUGUGAUCGUAGACAACGUGCAGUUCAUGCUGGGACUGGGCGAGGAGAAGGAGGGAGACAGAUAUCUGCGACAGGAUGCCGUCAUCGCAGCCUUCAGGACCUUCGCGACCGCCAGACACUGCCAUGUCACGCUUGUCAUGCAUCCGAGGAAGGAGCGUGACACUGAAGAUCUCUCGACUAGCUCUAUAUUUGGCAGCGCGAAAGCGUCCCAAGAAGCAGAUAAUGUGCUCAUUAUUCAGGAUAAGAGACUAACAGCAGUAAGGGGUAAGAAAUAUUUACAAGUUGCAAAAAAUCGAUACAGCGGCGACCUUGGAAUUGUACCUUUGGACUUUGAUAAAGAUGCAUUAAGUUAUCAAUCGAAGAAGAAAACCAAAAAUAAAACAGACGAACCCGAUAAAUUACUUGACGAUUGCUUCCAAGAAUAUUCAUUAGAAAAACCAGUAGGUUCUGAGACAAGCGGAAAGAAAAAUAGUAAACAGAAUAAAAAAGAACAUAUGGACAGUUAUUUGAGUGAUAUUUUAAACUUGAAUCGAACUCGAUAAACUAGAAUGAAAUAAAUAUAGUAUUAAUGUAAAUAUUACCAUGUUUAUUAAUUUUUGUAAUAUAAUAGAACUAAGAUGAACAAUUUGUUACUGCACCAAGAAAUCUAUGAUUAUAAUGUAAUAUUUUCCAUACCAAACGCGGUCCUAUUAAAUGCUUCCUAGAAA